AUGACUGUUAUGGGGCUUAACCAAACUGAUCAAUGCCUCAGGUUUUCCUGCCCAGAGAGAUCUGUAUCUACUGCAGUGUAUGUGUUACUGUAUGUGUGUGCAGCUGCUGUAGUUCUGCUGACAGUGUGUGGAAAUCUACGCAUCAUCAUCUCCGUCUGCCACUUCAAGCAGCUCCACACUCCGACUAACAUGCUCAUCCUCUCUCUGACUGUGUCGGACUGUCUGGUCGGAGCUCUUGUGAUGCCUAUGACAUUAACAUGGAUGAUUGAAUCAUGUUGGGUUUUUAGUGCAGCCCAAUGUUUGUGUAACAUAUCUUUUUCCUAUCUUUUCACAACUACCUCAAUAUUCAAUGUUGCUCUGAUCGCAGGCGAUCGGUAUUUUGCUCUCUCUAAUCCGUUCCUCUACACUAAAGCAGUCACUGUGAACACGAUGUGCAUUGUGGUUUUAUGUAACUGGUUUCUAUUACUGUUGUACUAUCUAGUACUUCAGUACUUUAUAGGAUAUUUCAUGAACCUGGUGAUGUGUCCAGGAGACUGCUUUUUGGUCUUUGAUGAGGUCUCGUUUCUUGUUGAUCUUCUGUUGACAUUUGUUCUGCCAUGUGCUGUUAUAGUCGUACUGUAUGUUCUGGUUUUUGUUAUUGCAAGGAAACACGCCACUGCUAUCAGAGACCUUAGUAUGCAAACAAGGACAUCAAAGAGCACAGCAGAUUCUAUGAAGUCAGAGAGGAAAGCAGCUAAAGUACUUGGCAUUCUGGUGUCGGUGUUCCUGGGAUGUUUAUUUCCAUAUUUCAUUUAUACUGUAUUGAGUUAUGCAAUAGAAAUUGAGAUAGACUCAUUUCAAAAUGUUUUGGUGUUGGUCUAUCUGAAUUCCACCAUUAAUCCCGUUAUUUACGCUUUGUUUUAUCCGUGGUUUAGGAAGUGUGUUAAACUCACUUUAACUCUUCAAAUAUUCAACAAAGAUUCCUCACUGAUGAGUGUUCUUUAA